CGCAUUCGCAUCCGCAUCCGCAACUGGAAGUGGUAACGGGGAUCCGCAGCUGCUCAACCCUCGCCGGAACUUCCAUCAUCAUCAGCCAGAAGGACACAUCAAGAUAAAGGUGAUAAGAGUAAAUCCCAGUCGUCUCCCAACUCCCGCGCCAUCAUCGCCGUUGAACAAGUGGGCUGAGAAAGUGUGCACCGUUGAAAACUGAUCGGAACAAAAACGCCAGCAAAAUGGGAUUUCUAUCGAUCCUGAAGAAGAUGAAACAAAAGGAAAAGGAGAUGCGAAUACUGCUACUCGGACUCGACAACGCCGGCAAAACCACCAUCCUCAAGCGGUUCAACGGGGAACCGAUCGACCAGAUCUCGCCCACGCUCGGAUUCAACAUCAAGACGCUGCACUACAAUGACUACGUGCUGAACAUGUGGGACGUCGGGGGACAGAAGUCGCUCCGCUCGUACUGGCGCAACUACUUCGAGUGCACGGACGGGCUAAUCUGGGUGGUCGACAGCACGGAUCGGAUGCGGAUGGAGUCCUGUCGGGCCGAGUUGACGCUGCUGCUGGAGGAGGAACGGUUGGCCGGUGCUACGCUUUUGGUGCUAGCGAACAAACAGGAUCUUCCCGGAGCGCUAACGGGCGUCGAAAUUAAGGACAUACUGGAACUGGAUAAAAUCGAAACGCAUCACUGGUCCAUUCAAGGUGUCAGCGCCGUCACCGGGGGGAAAUUGGUCGAGGCGAUCGAUUGGCUAGUGGAGGACAUCUCGAAGCGAAUCUUCACUCUAGACUAGACUCCCAAAGUGAUUCCAUAUGCAAGAAAAAAAACAAUACAUUCUAAACGUAUUUAUUCAACC